AUGGCUACGAGCGAGCUCGACUCAUUAAAAGGCGCGACUGACGGCCAUGACCCGGAACUACCGGGCCAGUCGUUCGCCAAGAUCAAGAGCGUAGAGUAUUUCCGCGUGAAGCCUCGAUGGCUGUUCGUCAAGAUCUGCGACGACAGAGGGAACGUGGGCUGGGGAGAAGCUACUCUGGAAGGCCACACCAGGGCCGUCGAGGGCGCGUUGGACGAGAUCAUCGAGCGCGUCGUCGGUCUGGAAGCCGAUGACAUUGAACAUAUCUGGCAGUUGAUAUGGCGGUUGGGCUUCUAUCGCGGAGGGCCGGUCUUCAUGUCUGCCUUGUCGGGCAUUGAUAUUGCGCUUUGGGAUUUGAAAGGUCGACGGCUGAACGUGCCCGUAUACCAGCUCCUCGGGGGCAAGGUCCGCAAUAAAGUGUUCGUGUACGCUUGGUGCGGCGGGGAUCGCCCACACGAUAUCGAAGUCGCCGCCAAAGCACGCAUAGCGCAGGGGCUGAAAUGCAUCAAGAUGAACGCCACCGAAGACGUCAACUGGCUCGAUUCCCCCUCGGUGCUGGACUCGUGCGUCGAGCGCCUCAAGCUCGUCAAGUCCCUGGGUCUGGACGCCGGGCUGGACUUCCACGGCCGCCUGCACAAGCCCAUGGCCAAACAGCUGGCCAAGGCCCUCGAGCCCUACCGCCCGCUGUUCAUUGAGGAGCCCCUGCUCGUCGAACACCCGGAGGCCCUGGCCCAACUGGCGCAGCACACGACCAUCCCCAUCGCGCUGGGCGAACGCCUCUACACGCGCUGGGACGUCAAGCGGUUCCUGCAGGACGCCAGCAUCGACAUCCUCCAGCCGGACAUCGCGCACGCGGGCGGCAUCUCCGAGACGCGCCGCAUCGCCACCAUGGCCGAGGCGUACGACGUGGCCAUCGCACCGCAUUGUCCGUUGGGGCCCAUCGCGUUGGCGGCCAGCAUGCAGGUCGCCCUGUGUACGCCCAACUUUGUCAUCCAGGAGAUGUCGCUCGGCAUGCACUAUAAUGUUGAGGCCGGCGAGGAGGAUCUCAACACCUACCUGGUGGACCGGUCCGUGUUUGAUAUCAAGGAUGGAUAUGUCGAUGCGUUGAGGGGGCCCGGCCUGGGUAUCGAGAUCGAUGAGGAGGCGGUGAGGAGGAUAUCAAAGACGGCCAGACAUUGGCAAUGUAAGGAGUUUUAUGGGCCGGAUGGGAGUAUUCGGGAGUGGUGA